AAUACCCAACUUUAUCGACAUAGGUUAUUUUGUACAAAUUUUAGUUCGAAUUAUAUUUAUAUUCUGAGUAGUUUUGAUAAUUUUUAAGUAAUUUUCGUAAAAUAUAUGAAAUAAAAUAUAAAAAAUGCUUAAAAAUUUUUGUUAAUAAUAAUGAGGAUUAAAAAACGUUUUGGGACAGAUAUAAUUAUUAUUACUAUCUUACUUAGCACACUUAGCAGUUUGUAUAUUUGGACACCAGUAUUGAAACAAUUAAAAAUUCACCAUGCAAACAAACAAAAGACAGACGAACUCUCUAAUGAUGAAAUAUGGGAAGAUUAGUAAAAUUGUAGUUGGAUUUAUUGGAUUAUAUUUAGCUGUUGUAGGAAUUAAAGUAAAGUUAAUACCAUAUAUGAAACAAAGAAAGUUAAAGGAUGCUGAACAAUAUGCUGAAACUUUAUACAGAAGUGAAUUUAAAACAUGUAAAAUUGUAGCUACCGAAUUAGAAGCAAGAUUAGAUGAAACAGGGAAAACGCAUGACAUACUUGAAAUUGGGUACUCUGUUGAUGAUAUCGUUCCUAAAAAGAGAAAAGAAUAUAAAAAAUCGGAAUUACGUUUAGUAGAAUCAAUGGAAAAUAUUUGUGAACGUAUAUUACAAUAUAAUAUUCAUAAAGAACGAACAGAUAGUACAAGAUUUGCGAAGGGAAUGAGUCAAACAUUUAAAACCCUUCAUGGUUUAGUGGACAAAGGUGUCAAAGUAGAAUUAGGAAUCCCUUAUGAAUUGUGGGAUAAUCCUUCAGUAGAAAUUACUACAUUAAAAACGCAAUGUGAAAACUUACUUGAAAAUCAUGAACAAGAUAUCGAAGAUUGGUAUUAUAAUUAUCAAGGAAAAGUUCCUUUAAUGAAAUAUUUAUGCUCAGAUCGGGCACUUAAGGGACAGGAUGAUUCGUGUCUUGAAGAAAAAAGCGAUAUUGGGAAGAAUACUAUUAAAGAAGAAAAAAGGAAAACAAAAAAAAACGUUAAUACAGAAAAUGAAACGAGGAAUACAAAUGACAUAAAGGAAGAAUUAUAAUAUAAAAAAAUGAAAUAAAUAAUGAAACGUACAUUUAAUUCUUUAUAUCUGUUUUUAUAUGUAAGAUUUUUAUUUAAAUGAUUUACAAUAAUCCAUAAAAGGAUAUAUUGAAUAACAAAUAUUCAAAGAGUGCCAUGUAUCAUAACUGGUUUAAAUGUAAAUAAGUAUAAUCAUUUUUAUAUUAUAAAAUAAACUGUGAUUAUCUGUCGUUUUAGAA